UUAUUUCGCCAUUAUGUACCUAUAUCGCGUCCAAGGCGGCAGCGGUCGCGCAAAUUAUUUCGAGAAUAAGAAAUACAAAGCCACGACUAGAGCCAAAGUGUGCUAGAGGAAUAUAGUGUAUUUAGUGAUAGAUUUAACUGGUUUUCUUGACCUCACUGAAGGUUGCUUAACGAGUAGGGCGGGCGGUCUCACGCAGCCGUAAGUCAGGGAAAAUGUGGCGAUUCGGAUUGAUCCUUCUCCUUGUCACAGCCAGCAAGCAAUUCUCAUUAUCAGAGUUUGAGGUACCAGAUUAUAUAAAAGCGGGCGGUGACGUGCCACUAAAAUGUGGAUAUGAACUAAAAUCAAACGAAUCUGAUAAAGGUUUAUUUGUAAAAUGGUGGUGGAGCCCAAUGAAUGGCUCCAGCGAAGAAAGGAGCCUCAUUUACCAAAGGAUAGUUGGGCAUCCUCCGGAUGCAUUACGUCAUAAUAUUGAAAUAGUACAAGAUGACGACAUUUUAUUGCGGAACGUGACGGUGAAGGACUCCGGAGUAUACGAAUGCGAAGUUUCAAAUAUAGUUGACGAAGUACGGCAAUUUGAACCGUUAAUAGUUUUUAGUGAAGGAACCGGUGUUCAAUUGGAAUUCAGUACUGUUGAGGAUGGCCCUGAUACUGAUGACGAUGAAGACGUGUUUGUUACGUGUGAGGCACUGGGUGUGGCACCUUAUCCAGAUCUGACUUUCACUGUUGAUGGGGAGGCAGUGAACGCCACUGAUCUAGUGAUUGCAUCGGAAGAUUCGUACGAUAUUUACAGCAACGUGACAUUAAGUAGCGAUUUGGCAUCAGGUCAUGAAAUUUCUUGCCUCCUGACAUUCUCAACUCUCAAUGUUUCUGACGUGGCGUUCCUCGUUACUCAAGUAUACAAUGAAGCAGGAUUCACAACGGAGAGUCCCACUGAGAUGGCUUCUACCGAGGCCCCUGAAAACGUUGAAAACAACUCGAAAGGUGACAUCUGCUGCUCUUGGGUACUCGUCGUCCUGCCGCUUAUUUCUAGUUACUUCAUGUACUUUAUAUAAUGUCUACAUAAUUAAACAUAAGUUAAGGUGAUUUUUCUUUAGUUGCCUAAAAUUGAACAACACAAAGUAAA